GCGAUGGACUUCUUCCGCAAGGCUGCGGACGCUGUCGGCGGCCUGAUCCUCGACUCGGACUCGGACUCCGAGAGCGAGCGCGGGGGCGCCGCCGCGGGACGCGCCGGGCGGCGAACCGCCGCCGAGAAGAACGACAAGACGCCGAUGGACGACCACUGGACCGACGGGGGAAUGGACCUCGGCGCCGACGCGCGCGGCGCGAGCGGCUCCGACGACGGCGCGCCCCCCGAGGGAGCCGACGGAUCUUUCGAGACGAGCGACGACGAGGGCGACGAGAAGCUCAUCCCGGACGCCGUCUGGGGCGCCCUCGCCGCGGCGCGAGGCAAGAUCUCGGAAGUCGCAUCAACCGUCCGCGCGGACGUCGCCAGCGCGGUGGAGGUGGUGCGUCACGACCUGUCCGAGUUUAACGACCGAGCCGUGGACGAGACCGCCGCGUUCGCGGGGGACGUCGCCGCGGCGGAGUACUCCGCGGGCCUCGGGCUCGAUGCGAACCUGGGCGACGGCGACGACGAUGACGACACAGCUGGCGACGAUGGACCGAGGCUCGACCCGGACGUGGCGCGCGCGUUCGACGCCACCGUGGACGCGCUCGACGACGUCGGGCACAGGGUCGAGGACUUUGGCGUUCGCGUGCUCGGCGCGUCCAAACGAUUCUUCAAGAACCUCAAGGAGGAACUCGCGCUCGACGACGAAGACGACGACGAAGACGAUGAAGACGACGGGGGCGGGUUCACGUCGAGGGUGGGCCUCGGAGCCGGCGCGGCGGCGGCGGCGGGGGGCGGCUUGGCGGCGAAGUUCGCGUCCGAUCGAGCGAGCUCCAAGCCUCGCGCCGGCUCCUCGAACGCCGCGAACCCUAACCCUAAUCCUAACCCUGGGAGGCCCAAGCCGCAGACGCUGGAGCAACGCGUCGCGGCGAUGCAGCGCGACUCGGCGACGUACUGCGACGAGCCGGAGGACCUCGCGGGAUUCGAACGGUGGACCUCGGGUUUCGACGCGGACUCUCCCACCGUGCUGGACGAGAUCGAAUCCGUGCUCGAGGGCAACGCGUUCAUGGCUGAGCUGCAGGCGAGGAUCGUUCCGCUCGUCGUGACUCGCGAGGAGUUCUGGCAGAGGUACUUUUACGCGUUGCGAAGGAUCAAGCUCGAGUUCGGCGUGGAGAAGGAGGAGGAGGAUGAAAAGGAUGAGAAGCAGGAGGAGAAGAAGAAGGAAGAGAAGGAGGAGAAGAAGAAGAAGGAGGAAGAGAAGAAGGAGGAAGAUGAAGAGGAGAAGAAGGAGGAAGAGCAAGAGGAGAAGAAGAAGGAGAAGGAGGAGGACGAGGAGGGUGGGAAACAGAUCGAGUCAGAAAACGCCGAGGAGGCGCCCGAGGCUCACUUCGAGACCGCCAAGCCGCCGGCGCAUCCGCGCGUGGCGGCCGUCUCCGCCGCGGACUCCGCCGAUGAGAGCGGCGUCACCUCCGAUGGCAGCUGGACCAAGGUGCAGAGCGACGGGGAGAUUGUGGAGAAGGAGGCGGCGACGGCGGAGGGGAGAAUGAAAGGCGUGGACGAUUCCGCACCCGCCGAGAAGACGGGGAGGGAGAAGGAGGCGGUUGCGCCGCCAGUCGCGAAGGAGCCCGCGGCGGCGGACGACGAAAUCGACGAGGACUGGGGGAUGGACUCGGACUGACUCCGGUUCAACAGGUCGUCCAGGUGGAGCUUCCCGUAGGUUUGGAAAGAAAACAGACCUCAAACUGUCAAAUUCACAUGGGACAAGCACUCUCGCAAACUAAAUUCAGCUCAGCUUCAGUGAAUGCGACGCGGCGCCGGGAUGGCCUCUCACCCCCAACGCUGGGUUUUGUUUCAGCAGGUUACCACAACUGCUCGAGCCAACCCCCACAUGUAGGGUCCGGCUCAUUUGCUUUGAACGGUUGUGAGGUUUUGAUACAGCAGGUUACCACAACUGCUCGAGCCAACCCCCACAUGUAGGGUCCGGCUCGUUUGCUUUGAACGGUUGUGAGGUUUUGAUACAGCAGGUUACCACAACUGCUCGAGCCAACCCCCACAUGUAGGGUCCGGCUCGUUUGCUUUGAACGGUUGUGAGGUUUUGAUACAGGUUACCACAACUGCUCGAGCCAACCCCCACCUGUAGGGUCCGGCUCGUUUGCUUUGAACGGUUGUGAGGUUUUGAUACAGCAGGUUACCACAACUGCCCGGGGAUGCUCUUCCCCCAUUCGUAGUGCAUUCUUUACGCGAGGAGAACCGCCGACGCCGCCAGGACCACCGCAGUCACGAAGCGAGCGGCGCGGGAGGUUCCCGAUUGAGCGGGUUCCAGGGUAGGCGGCGGGGGUGCCGACGUGGGCGGCGCGGGCGCGGGGGACAAAGCCACGACCUCAUCCACCUGCGCCUCAAACGUCGCGACGUCGUCGGCUUCGACGCCGGGGAUGACCUUGAGCUCCUCGAUGGGAUCGACGGAGGCGGCGGAUGUCACCCCCUCGGCGCCGCUCGCAACGAGGGCCGCUUCCGCCGCCUGGAGUGCGUCCACGCUGAUCUCAUCCUCGGUCAUGAUGAGCUCGGUGUCGUAGUUUUCGGCGAGGAGGC